GAAGAAGAAGUGCAAGAAGCGAGACCGCAGAAGAAGACUGAUCUUUUUUCGGGCAGAUCACACACACACGAGCUGAAAAGCUCUCGGGCCAGUCAUGACGAGGUGGGCGAGAGCCAAUAACAUCCAUAAACACAAGCCGGCGGAGGCGACGCCAUGGAGUCAGCUGAGAGCAGGAGGAGGAGGAGGAGGAGACCCCAGCAGCUCUGGUGGCUCCGCAGGUGCUAAACAAGGACCUCAGAAGGACAACCUGAGGAGGAUUCAGCCUGGUGGAUCAGCAGUCAAAAAACCCAACCGUAAGAAGAAGGACUACGACAACGAGGACGUCAACGGCUUCCUGGAGUAUCUCCAGCAAACGGGACAGUCGCUGCCGAAAGGGGAGAGAGGAGGGAGGGAGGAGGAGCGGGAGGUCAGGGAGGAGCUGGAAACUGCCCUGAAAAAAGACCAAAGAAGAGAAAACAGACGGAUAAAGAGGCAGAAAGACAAGAAGGACAAAAUGCUGUGUUUUCACUGCAGGAAGCCCGGUCACGGUUUGGCCGACUGUCCUGAGGCCGACCGAGACGAGGAGAUGGGCCGAGGCAUCUGCUACCGCUGCGGCUCCACCGAACAUGAAAUCCAGAAGUGCAGAGCUAAAGUGGACCCGGCUUUGGGUGAUUACCCGCACGCUAAGUGCUUCAUCUGUGGUCAGACGGGCCACUUGUCGCGAUCCUGCCCGGAUAAUCCUAAAGGACUUUAUGCACAAGGAGGUUGCUGUCGGGUUUGUGGUUCAGUGGAACAUUUUCAGAAGGACUGUCCAGAGCACCAGGCCGCGACCAACUCGUUGACGGUUUCGUGGUUGUCCAACAACAUGAGCGCAGACCACGAGGACGUUCAUGUUCCAGUGAAGAAAGUCAAAGCCAAACAGCCCAAAGUGGUGAUGUUCUGACCCGCAGACCGUGUUCAGGUUCAGCUUCAGGUUCAUCCACAUCCACAUCCACUCAUCUGUCAGCUGCUUCCCACGUGAACGGACUGAUUAGCUGUGACGUGCAGUGAGGUGCUGUUUGAUUCUCUUUGUGUGUAGUUGCUAAAGAUCCUUUUAAUAAAACUUUUCUUGUGUAUGUUUACA